AGGACAAAACGGCGAAGAUGAAGAGACAGAAUGUCAGAACUCUGUCCUUGGUAGUGUGCACAUUUACGUAUCUCCUUGUCGGUGCCGCGGUAUUUGACGCCCUUGAAUCGGAUACUGAGAGGAAACGCUGGGAGUUUCUCUCGGAGAUACGCCGCAAUAUGAUGAGGAAAUAUAAUAUCACACCAGAGGACUACAAGAUGGUCGAAAUUGUAAUAAUAGAAAACAAGCCACAUAAAGCGGGGCCGCAAUGGAAAUUUGCGGGUGCCUUCUAUUUUGCCACUUUAGUAUUAGCCAUGAUUGGUUAUGGGCAUUCCACUCCUGUGACCAAAACCGGAAAAGCGUUUUGUAUGGUGUACGCAAUGGUGGGAAUCCCUUUGGGAUUGGUGAUGUUUCAGAGCAUUGGCGAGCGAUUGAAUAAGUUUGCGUCGGUCGUGAUCAAACGGGCAAAGACGUAUCUUAGGUGUCAAAGAACUGAAGCUACAGAGAUGAAUCUCAUGUUGGCCACUGGUCUGCUUUCGAGUAUAAUUAUUACGACAGGUGCUGCAGUGUUUUCGAGAUACGAGGGCUGGAGCUACUUUGAUAGUUUUUAUUACUGUUUUGUGACACUCACGACUAUAGGUUUUGGUGAUUAUGUCGCUCUCCAGAAUGAUCAAGCGCUUUCCAAUAAACCUGGAUAUGUGAUUUUGAGUUUGAUCUUCAUCCUGUUUGGUUUGGCCGUAGUCGCCGCCAGUAUUAAUUUGCUCGUAUUGCGCUUCAUGACCACGGAUUCCGGUGAGGCGCGUCGCGACGAUAUUGAGCUGCAAUCCGCCUCGCAUCACGUUUUGACGUUAGACGGUGAGGUUGUGGCGGUAAACGGAAAACUCCUGGCCAGUCACGUGCCUAUCGUGCACGAUACAGACGAUUGCGUGAGCGUAUGUUCCUGCACUUGUCUAGGUCCAGCAAAUUCCGAACUGCUGGACCCUUCCGGGUAUCAAGGUUACCGACCACCCCCGACUUCUGCCAGUCUCCGAGUAAAACGUGCGUCCGUCUGAUGGAGGGAGUUUCGUCGUCGCAGUUUACGUCGCCGAUUUUCCAAGGCCGAUAGCCGAGAAUUGCUCGGCAUCGAUGUUUAAAAAUGUUGAUUCUCCGCACAAAACUCAGCUAGCUCGCAAGAGAAUACCGCGCACUGUGAUACACGCAUCCAUGAAGGACAAUUUAUAACGUACGUUUCGUAAAGAUUUUCACACUCUCUGUGUGAAAAAAUGUAUGACAUUUAAAAAACUGCCAUUUAAAACAAAAUGUUUGAUGUAUGAUGUAUGAUACGCGUAUAAUCAGAACGCCAGCUGCAAUGAGAGAUUGUUAAUCGUUCCUGUCCGAAUCCUGUCUAAAGCUUGAAGAAGGACGCUUGAAUAAUGUGUUCCUGCUACAUUUCUGGCUGCAUUAUAUCAACGCACGUAUCCCUAAACAAGUUGAUGCAUUUUGAUAAUUAAUGUUGCUCAAUUAUAUCAAUUUUUGACGCAUCGAUGGUGUAUAUCCGCGUACGUGUUACGCGAUCGAUUUGAAUAUGACACAUGCAUGAUGUGAUACCGUAUAAUAAUCGUUUCAAUCGGUAAAAUACAUAAAUAUGAAAUAUCGAUUAUUCGAAUAUUCAACUGAAUAUCUCAAGUGCAGAUCUUUGUAAUAUUGUCUUAAACAAAAGUGGGAGGGAUCCACUACACCUCAGAAGAAAUGUACGCGAGUAAUCGAAUCUCGCGAAUUAUAAUAUCUAGCUAAAAAAAAAGUGAUGGCACACAUUUAUACAUACAUAUAUCGUAAUGUUGUUAAUGUUACAUUAAUGUAAUAUAUGCAUGUAUGCAAAGUGAAAGAGCAUAGAUCGCUUCGAUAAUCUAUUCUAGAGGUUUUUACAUUUAACAGAAUUAAUUAACAUUUAAUUUAAUAUCACAAGCAAUUAAAUGCUACCGCGUUACUUUCAUUAUACGUAAACAGAUUUUGUUGCAUUUGCCACAUGUUUAUUAUUUUUUUGACAAAACUUAUGUAUUGUUUUAUUUGGAGGCUUGUAUAUUCGCACCAAUUAGAAGAUAUUUUUGCGGUAGAUAUAAGUCUGAAUUCAUUUUGCGUGAAGUACAUUAUUACUUCUUGCUGUUAAAUAUAUAUAUAUAUUUGAAAACCUCUAACUGAAUCGUAUUAUAUCGCUGCAAAGACUAUAUAUACAUACAUAUAUGAAUAUAAACGCAAUAGAACAAUAUUCUAGAUAUUAUGAAUACCUCAACAGCGUAUAUUACACACACACACACACACACACAUUUUCAUAUUUAUAUUCGUAAAGAAAUUUUGUCUCAAAAAAUUCGACGUGAUCACUUUUACGUAAUGAGAUCAGAAAUACAUAUGUACACAUAGAUGAGUCAUAUUUUUUUACACAUAUUUACAAGAUAAAAUAAAAAGUGCAAGAAAAUACCCGGAAAGACUGAUAACUUAAACUAAAUCCAGCAAAAUUGCUAUUUGUUUUAAUAGAAAUUUUUGGACUUUUAUUGUUUAGUUGCAUUAGUAUUCUUUAAGAUAUGUAGUUUAUCAUGCAUUUUUUAAUAUCAUGUUGUUAUCUGAAAUAAAGUGAUACGAUAAAUUCCAAGCAGCAA